UGCGAUAAGUGCAACCGGUCAUUUGGCAGCCAGAGUGCGCUUGAACAGCAUCGUAGCUCAUCAGCCCAUGGCUUGGUUUGUAAUAAGUGCAACCGGUCUUUUAGCAACCAGAGCGCCCUCACGCAGCAUCACAACUCAUCGGCCCAUGGCUUGAGUUGCAAUAAAUGCAACCGGUCUUUUAGUAACCAGAGCGCUCUUGCGCAACAUGUCAACUCAUUGGCCCAUGGCUUGGGUUGCAAUAAGUGCAACCGGUCUUUUAGUAACCAGAGCGCCCUUGAGCAACAUCUCAACUCAUCGGCCCAUGGCUUGGGUUGCAAUAAGUGCAACCGGUCUUUUAGCAACCAGAGCGCCCUUGAGCAACAUCUCAACUCAUCGGCCCAUGGCUUGGGUUGCAAUAAAUGCAACCGGUCUUUCAAAAGCCAGAGCGCCCUUGAGCAGCAUCUCAGCUCGCCAGCUCACAACUUGGAUUGAGAUAAGUGCGAUUAGUUAUUUGGCAGCCAGAGCGCUCUCGCGCCGCAUCUCAUCUCACCGGCUCACGGCUUUGUUGAGUGUCGCCGCUCUUUUGGGCGCUAGAGGUAGUCGGUGUUGGGUUGUCUGCGAAGUCAGCUUACAUUCGAAUUGACAAGUAUAAAAUCAUGAACCAAUGGUUAAAUAGCAUAUUUGGAGGUAGCGACUGUGCUCGACAAAGGGGUACGAGAGAAUGAAAGAGGAUAGAAGUAGCGUUUCAGUAAACCACUAUUAAGAAUAACUCAGCAAAAGAAUAUGUGGAACACAAGACUGCAAUAG